AUACGCUCUCUUUUUUUUUUUAAUCGCCCUUUUUCAAUUCUACCUCCACGACUGAUAUUCCUCUAUUAUUCCUGUCAAAGAUCUCCCUCUCUUUGCCGACCUGAUCAUCCUACAUCUUGUCCUCUCGAAAGAGAGACAGAGAGAGUUUCAGAGUCAUCCGUCCGCUCAACGACCCGUUCAUGAUCUGAAAAGUUAUACUUGUGCCAUAUACACAUACACACGCAUUCGCCGUGCCCCUCUAUCCGUCCUGAUCCUAUUCUUACCCUCGUGAAUCACCCCGAGUGAACCCCAUACAUAAACGACGACCCCACAAUGCCGCCCAAAGCCGCAGCCCGCCGAGGUCGAGGGGCAGCAGCCACCGCCGCCAGCCGACGAACCGAAGGCACCGAAGGCGCAUCUGCCAGUCCCGCGCCUGCAGCAGCCGGCGAGACAGAGACGCGAUCGAGCGCGACUCCGAGCGCCGCGCGAGCCCCCGUGCAACGGCUGCAAUCGCUGAAAAAGCGCACGCCCGCAGGCAGCAUCGCGCCCGCCGCGAAACCGCCUGCCGGUCCGGACGGGGAGCCGGCCAAGCCGACGCUGAAGUACAAGCCGCGGGCGGUCGGCCGACGAAGCAAAGAGGAGCGAGAGGCCAUCGAGAAGCUGGAGGCGGAGAGACAUCGGGAGCGAUUGGCCGAGGCGGCGGCGAUUCAGCGCGGUCGUGGCCAUGACGGAUCGCGGGGUCGCGGAGGCGCCGCGCGCGGACGAGGAGGCGCCAUGGGCUCGGCUGGACCUCUUGGGGCGGGAAUGGGGAUGGGCGGUGCGCGCCGCGGACGAGGUGGGUUUGGACGGUUUGGGAAUCAGGAUUCGAGGCAUUCGUCGAUGUCGCGGCGCAGCCGAUCUGUUAUGGAUCUGGGCAGUGGCCACGUGAGUCGGGACGUGUCGUCGGAUGAGAGUGACAACGAAGUGAGGUUCAGUAUCGACCAGAUCAAUCUGGACAGUGACGAGGAUGAACCCGCUCAGGUGGAGGAUAAGAAGGGCAAGAUGGCAGUGAAAAACGCCGACCGGCAUGGCGGCGAGAAGGGCUUGCGGCCCAUUCGAGUGGAGCGACACGAGCACGAGGAGCGUGUGGUCAGCGUGAACAUGGAAUCCAGCUCGAGCAAAUCAGCCGAGUUGAGGCAGCAGGCGCAGGCGCAGGCCACCGAGGACGACGCUCUGUUCGUGCAAGAUGACGACCAAGCGACUACGCAAGAACCGAAGGAGGGUGAGGCGCGCGUGAAACAAGAGCCUACGGAUGACGACCAAGUCAUGGAAGAUGUUGCGGCUCACGACGACACUAUUAUCACCGACGACGGGCUGCUACCGGUCCAGAAGGUGAAGGUUCGCCGGAAUCUGGGCUCUAGAGAGACCUCCACCGCCGUCGAAUCGCCUCCGGCCAAGGACCCUAAGAGUUUACUACGCACCAAGGAGGACAUCGAGGAGUUUGACCGCCACGCGCACGAUCUUGAUAUGAUGAAGGAUCUCCUGUCGAGGGAGGAGAAGGAAGAGAAGGACACUGCGACGGAGAAAGACCCCGACACGGAGCAAUCCGAGAAACCGGCGGACGGAGAACCCGACACCGCGGCGGACGACAAGGAGAAGGACGCAGAAGACAAGGACAAGGACGAAGACGAGACUGCCAAAGACAAGCUGGCGGGACAACUGUUCCUCAUGCAGUUUCCACCCAUGACUCCCAACCUGGUUGUUCCCGGCGAGGGUGGUGAUAAUGCCGAGGGCGCGGCCGAUAACGCCGGACAACCCGGCGCCGAGGGGACGACUACGAACGGUGGGGGUCGACCUCAAGAGCCAGCCGUCAAGAACGAAGACGGCGUGGAAGUGCUAGAUGAAGCCGACGAGACGACAGCGAGAGAGCCGUCCAAGAUCGUCACGGCGUCGGACUGGCAGCUGCCGGCCGGGCGCGUGGGGAAGUUGAAUGUGCAUGCGUCCGGACGGGUGUCGAUGAAUUGGGGAGGGAUCAACUUCGAACUGGAUCGCGCGACGGCGGUGGACUUUCUGCAGGAGGCUCUGAUCGUCUCGACGCCGCCCGAUGCCGAGGAGGUUGACGCCGAGGACGACAAGCGAGUAUGGGCGAUGGGGCAACUGAGCGGCAAGUUCACGGUGACGCCCGACUGGUCGAAGAUGCUGUGAUUACUGUACCAAGUAGCCAAAAUAAUGACAGGCUGGGAUGUGGGAUGAUCUGCACCGCAUAGAGAUU